UUGACGGCGACAUGUUUGACCUUGGCAGCGCUCAGUAUGGACAGGUUCUGCGCCAUAGUGCUGCCCAUCCGCUCCAUGGAGUUCCGCCAGCCCAGGACAGCGGUGGCCGUCAGCCUCUUCAUCUGGAUGGUAUCCUUCCUCCUCUCCAUUCCCGUGGCCAUCGUGCGAGAUCUCGUGUCGGUCUCGUGGAAAGGUCACGUGAUGGUGCUGUGCCGGGAGCCUGCCUGGUCGUCUGCGGCUGCGCAGAGUGCCUACGCGCUGUACACAGUCGUCAUCACCUACCUGAUCCCACUGGUCAUCUGCAUGGUCGCCUGUGCCUGGAACGUCCGCCAUCUUUGUCGCCGGGCGCGCCUACAGGCUUGUCGCCAUGAACACCGCACGUUCCAGACUAGGCGGGUAGCCAUGAUGGUUGUCGGGGUGGUGGUUCUGUUCGCCGUCUGCUGGCUCCCCAACAACGUCAUGAAUCUCUACCUCCUCAUGAACCGAGGGUACAACGCCACACCUGCCUUUUAUCGUAUCAAGAUGGCGGCGCUGUGUCUUAGCUACGCCAACUCUGCCAUGAACCCGUUUGUCUACACGCUGGUAGGGGAGAGCUUUCGAAGAAAUCUCAAGAAGGCGCUGAAACUUCGCUGCGGCCGGCAGAGAAAAGCGCCCCCGCGAGGGGCCGUGUCCGUUAGGUACUGCAGCGAGAGAAGUCGUGUCACCUUGAUGUACAGUAGCAGCUUUCGUUCCAAACGCCGGUGCGAUACCAUCCAGGAACUCGCUGCAGAGGACAGGUAUAAGCGAGGGUCCAUCUUAACUGUUUGAAUGGCAGAGGUUUCAGUUUUUGGUGCUGAAAAUCUGCCCGCUUCAAACGAGAAGUCAGUUUUCGAAUUUUUUAUUUAUUUGCAUAUUGUAGAUUCAAAUGUUUUAGACUAGAUCCUUUAGAAAAUAUGUCCUCAAAGCCUUCUCAAUAGUUGUAGGAAGGUUUCAAUGUUACGAGUUUCAAAGAAUAGGGGCUGAUAUACUCGGACAGAAAAUUGUGUGUGUAUAUUUGUGUGUGUGUGUGUGUGUGUGUGUGUGUGUGUGUGUCUGUGUGUGUGUUCUGUGAGUGUGUGUGCGUAUACAUGUCACAUGUACUCGCAUGUACCGUCUGUUUCAGAAGAUGGUAGUAAAUAGAAAUGUAUAUGGAGUUGAUGAAUCAAUACUUGUGCUUCACUAGCACUGCUCAAUUGAUACUGUUGACCUACGUGGUUGAAAAAUCAUAAUCAUCAAUAAAGGAAAAUGUUUCCUUAGCAUCUCAAAUCAUAUAUAUUACGAUAAACUGUCGUGUAUAGGAAUGUAAAUUACCUUAGACACAAAAUGAUAUCUAAAAAAGUGGUGAGCUUUGUUGCAUAAAAUGCUGUAUGAUAAGCCUGGGUACCAUGCGGAAAGUAGUUUGCUCCGGCGUUCGUUACAAUGUUUAUACUAUUUUUUUUUAUAUACAGUCGCUUCUGACUCUGACAUUCA